GAGGCAGCGGCCUGGAUGUGUGAAGCGUCCCCAUGGCUUUGCGGGAGGCGAAGCCUCAGGGCCCAAGGGAAGCCGGGCCGGCGGCGCUGGGGCGCAGGGGCCCGUCCCGAGCGCGCUGGCUCGGCCGGACCGGCGUGAGGGGCCCCCGGGGCGGCAGGUCCCACGAUGCGCCUCCGCCGUCGCCGCCCCUGCUGCUGCUGGGACUCCUGCUGCUGGCGGCCCUCCCGGAACACGGCCGGGCGGACCCGGGAGCGAACAACCUACAGAUCAAUGUCACCCUGACCCCGGAUUCCUUUCCUCAUGGGAAAUUGUUACCGAUUUCACCAACAUGGCCUUUCUCAGAAGUCAAGUCUUCCUCAGCAGUAGCCAGAAUCAAGACUGCGCUGGGACAGUCCCCCGACAACACCAGCUUGCCGCUGCUAGGCCAGACACCUGUGCCCAAGAUGCGCCGCAGAGCUAGAGCUCAUGGGGACUUUUCUUCCUCCCUUUUCCAAGGAAGCGGGCAUAGCGCCUCCCUCGAACCUUUCAAGGAUUCUACCGAGUCCCUGGUCCAACCAAGGCCUCGAGGGGAAAAAGAAGCAGCAGCUACGUCAGGUUUGCCUCUCAACAGCAUGCCUCUCUCCGUGUCCACGGUCCCAUCAGUGACGUCCCUGAGCCCUGUCCUCACAUCUCAGCCAGUUCAGGCAGGGACUCCCUCCAUGUCAAAGCAUCCCCCAAACUCAGACGUUCUCCUUCCACCUUCAUCCUCUUCAUUGGCCCCUGGCUCAUCUCAUUCCAUUAUCUUUUCUAAGCCAACAGAGCGGCCCACCAAAGUGCCUGUAGUCUCCUACCCAGGUCCAGCUGGUGCCACUUCAAGUCAGAGUGUAGCUAAUCUCCUAAAUCCAUUUUCUGACAAAACAGACCUCACUCCAUCCAGAAACGCCCAGGAUUUUACAGGAAUCCCUAACCUAGAUGUUUCAAGGUCCUCGACAAAGCAGUAUUCCAAGCUGUCCCCAACAGAGGGUCCCCACUCAGCAGGUUCACCCACUCCAGGGUUUGGGGGCUCCAGGGCAGAACAGGCCCAUUUGUCCCUCCCUCCCCCAGCCCCUGGAAGUCUUCUUCAGCUUCCGGGUAGAACCCCCUUAUGGUCAAUGUUGGAAGUGGCUUCAGGUCCUGUGUCUAUACAGCCAGUCAAAGCUGAGGUUCCUGAAAGCGUGCACAAGGGGGUGUCUUUGCCGACUUUUAAGAGCACAGGAGCAGCGACCCAUGAGGCUGAGUCUCCAUCUUUCCAGCCUGCAGAAUCAGGGGCCAUAGAAAUGACCAGCAGACAGCUAGCCCCCGCUACUGCCAGCGACUCUGCUAACCUGCUGCAUUUGUCAGCAGCUCCAGAGAGUUCCGGAGGGCCCACCCUCUCAACAGAACACACAUCUUCCUCUUUGGAGCCUUCUCCUCUGCCUAUCUCCACACCAAGUCAAGGGCAAGCCGGGCUCUCUGGGGUGGUUCCCGCAUCACCACCGCACAGGACAGCCGAUUUUCCCUCCACGCUUACUUUCCUCCACGCUGCAGAGAAUCAUGCCUCCCCAACCCCUGUGCCAGGGGUGCCCACUUCUCCAGAAGAGGCCAGUGAUGUAUCUGUUCCUACCGCCGCUAAGGACUUCCUCAUCUCAGGCCGAAUUUCUCAUCUUUUUUCAACAACAUGGACAUUUCCCCCAUGGACAGAGGACAAUGUGACGGCCAUUUUAGGAAAAAAUGGAAAGGCAGGUGUGACAAUUCCUCUCCAGGCCCUUCCAAAUAAAGAGGUUUCAAGUCUUCAUACUGUAAAAGGAUUCGUCUCUGAUCUUAGUACUGAUCAGAGUUCACCUGCCAUCCUUCCAACACGAGGGACAAAGCUCCUUCCUUCAGAAUCAUCUCCACUUUCUCCGCCCUUCAUACAACCCACCCAGACUGUUUCCCCACCUCUUGGCUUUUCCAACAUCAUGCCAGAGACUUACACAGCUACUGUGGACCAUUCAGAGUUGCCAGCUUCAGCUUCCAAACAGGUGACAGCAAUUCCCUCCUCCACUGAUGUCUAUGAUUUCUCAACAAUGGGAGACAUGAAAAAGCCAGCAACCACAGAUGUUUUCUGGAGUCCUCUUUCAGCAGUAACUGGAUCCCUUUCCACAGAAUCAACAUUAUCUGGCUUGCAGCAGCAAACAAAUUAUGAUUUAAAUGGACAUGCAAUUAGCUCCACAAGUUGGGAAACCCAUUCAGCUUCAACCACUCCUCCCAGUGCUUUAACUUCAGCUGCCAAUGCAAUAAAAUCUCAGGAUUUCAAAGAUACUUCUGGGCAUUCAGUGACUACAGAAGGCUUUAACAUUCAGAAUCGAGUCCUUGGUACAAGCACCAACCAUCCCAGACAACAGUCAGACCUGGCUGUGCUUUCAAACCAUACAGAACUCUGGCCCACAAGCAAUGACAGCCAUUCCAGAGACUUCCCAACAACUGAGGUUGACUAUCAUCCAUCCACAAGUCAUCAUUCUGUGUCUCAUUCCUAUCUAAAGUUGCAUGCCCGGACAACACAUCCUCUUUUGCUAACCUUACCAAGUCUGACUUCUGCAUCUAGCUUACAGGAAAUGCUUUCAGAUGGAACAGAGACAGGUUCCCAAAUUUCCAGUGACUUCUAUCCAUCACCUGUGAUAAAUGCUUCCAUAGCAUUCCAGAGCAUCCUGAGAAAUCACUCUACUGCUGAAUCUCCUCCUGUGUCAACCAGUGCCUUUUCCAGGACCCCCUCCAAAGUGCUGCAGGCUUCUCAGCACCCUAAGAAAUGGACAGUGGACUUCUCGAUGUCAUUCAAGGUAGAGCCAACAGCAGCAUCAGCAGCUGCUGCCACGUUGUUUCAGAGGAAACCAAGCCUACCGGCGCUGUCUGCGGCUCUGGUUGCUAAGGGUACUGGCAGCAGCCCUUUGGCCGUAGCCUCAGGAUUAGCCAAGAGCAGUAUGACCACUACUCUCGCUAAAAAUGUUGCAAACAAGGUUGCAUCUGACCCAAAGGGAACACAAGGGGCGCUCCACACAGCCUUCCCAUUCACGCCAACCUACAUGUUUGCAAGAACAGCUCACACCACGAGCACAUAUACAGCCAUGCAAGGGAAUGCGGGCACUGCCUCUGGCCUGUUGUCCACAACACACCUCUCCAGGAAACCACAAGCCAUGCACACAGGCCUCCCAAACCCCACCAACCUGGAGAUGCCCAGAGCAUCCACCCAACGCCCGCUGAUAGUCACAGCGACAUUGACAGCCAUGACAGCCUCCGUGAAGGCCACCCGCUUGCCACCUGUGCGGACAGAAAACACUGAUGCUGCUCUUCCUGCUGCAUCCGCUGCGGUGGUCACGACUGGUAGAACAGCAUCCAACCUGGAGUGUCAGAUGUCCAGUAAGCUCCUGGUGAAGACAGUCCUCUUUCUGACCCAGAGGAGAGUGCAGAUCAGUGAAUCCUUGAAGUUCAGUGUAGCCAAAGGGCUCACGCAGGCACUCCGGAAGGCUUUCCACCAGAACGACGUCUCGGCUCAUGUGGACAUUCUGGAGCAUUCUCAUAACGUCACGGUUGGUUAUUAUGCUACCAAAGGGAGGUUGGUGUACUUGCCUGCAGUGGUGAUCGAAAUGCUGGGUGUUUAUGGAGUCAGCAACGUCACUGCCGAUCUGAAGCAGCACACCCCAAAUUUACAGUCCGUGGCAGUGCUUGCCUCCUUGUGGAAUCCCCAGCCUGCGGGCUACUUCCAGCUGAAAACAGUGCUGCAGUUUGUGAGCCAAUCCGACAACAUACAGUCCUGCAAGUUUGCUCAGACCAUGGAACAGAGGCUACAGAAAGCAUUUCAGGAUGCCGAGAGGAAGGUCCUGAAUACCAGAAGCAACCUGACGAUUCAGAUUGUGAGCACGUCCAACGCCUCCCAGGCAGUCACCCUGGUGUACGUCGUGGGCAAUCAGAGCACGUUCCUCAAUGGCACCGUUGCCAGCAGCCUCCUCAGCCAGCUCUCGGCUGAGCUAGUGGGAUUCUACCUCACCUACCCUCCGCUCACCAUUGCUGAACCCCUGGAAUAUCCCAACCUUGAUAUAUCAGAAACCACCAGGGACUACUGGGUCAUCACAGUGCUGCAGGGUGUGGACAGUUCGCUGGUGGGCCUGCACAACCAGAGCUUCGCCCGGGUCAUGGAGCAGCGCCUGGCCCAGCUGUUCAUGAUGUCCCAGCAACAAGGCCGGCGGUUUAAACGAGCCACCACCCUGGGAAGCUACACUGUGCAGAUGGUAAAGAUGCAGCGUGUGCCAGGCCCAAAGGACCCAGCGGAGCUGACAUACUACACCCUGUACAAUGGAAAGCCUUUGCUGGGGACUGCAGCUGCCAAGAUCCUGAGCACCAUUGACUCCCAAAGGAUGGCCUUGACCUUGCAUCACGUCGUCCUUCUGCAGGCUGACCCCGUGGUGAAGAAUCCACCCAACAACCUGUGGAUCAUCGCUGCAGUGCUGGCGCCCAUCGCCGUGGUCACCGUCAUCAUCAUCAUCAUCACUGCUGUACUCUGCAGGAAGAACAAGAACGACUUCAAGCCAGACACCAUGAUAAACCUGCCUCAGAGGGCAAAGCCUGUACAAGGCUUUGAUUAUGCCAAGCAACACCUGGGCCAGCAAGGGGCCGACGAGGAGGUCAUUCCUGUGACUCAGGAAACGGUGGUCCUGCCACUGCCUGUGAGAGAUGCCCCUCAGGAAAGAGACAUCACACAGGAUGGGAGCACCGUCAAGACGGCCAAGUCCACGGAAACCAGAAAGAGCAGGUCGCCCAGUGAGAAUGGCUCUGUCAUCAGCAACGAAUCAGGGAAGCCCAGCUCAGGGAGACGCUCACCCCAGAAUGUAAUGGCACAGCAGAAAGUGACAAAGGAGGAGACAAGGAAGAGAAAUGUGCCGGGGAGUGAUGAAGAGGAAGGAGCAGUUCUUUUUGACAACUCUGGCAAGGCAGCUGCUGAGCCGUUUGACACGUCUUCUGGGUCUGUGCAGCUAAUCGCCAUAAAACCCACAGCACUCCCUGUGGUGCCCCCCUCUACGGACAGGAGCCAGGAGUCGUCGACUGUCCUCAACGGUGAGGUGAAUAAAGCCCUGAAGCAGAAGUCAGACAUCGAACACUAUCGGAACAAGCUACGCCUCAAAGCCAAGAGGAAGGGAUAUUAUGACUUCCCACCAGUGGAGACAAGCAAGGGUCUGACCGAAAGAAAAAAGAUGUAUGAAAAAGCCCAAAAGGAAAUCGAGCAUGUUUUGGAUACGGACCCAGAACUGUGUGCUCCAUUCGCUGAGUCUAAAACCAGGCAACAGAUGAAGAACUCUGUCUACCGAAGCCGGCAGUCCCUGAACAGCCCGAGUCCAGGGGAAACGGAGAUGGACCUUCUGGUGACUCGGGAGCGACCUCGGCGUGGAAUCCGUAACAGCGGAUACGAUACUGAGCCUGAAAUCAUAGAGGAAACCAACAUUGACAGAGUGCACGAGCCCCGGGGCUAUACCAGGUCUCGGCAGGUGAAAGGCCACUCAGAGACGUCCACGCUGAGCUCCCAGCCCUCCAUCGACGAGGUCAGGCAGCAGAUGCACAUGCUGCUGGAGGAGGCCUUCAGCCUGGCGUCCGCGGGCCACGCGGGCCAGAACAGGCACCAGGAAGCCUACGGCUCAGCCCAGCACCUGCCCUACUCGGAGGUGGUGACCAGCGCUCCCGGGACCAUGACGCGACCCAGGGCUGGAGUGCAGUGGGUGCCGACCUACCGCCCAGAAAUGUAUCAGUACAGUCUGCCCCGGCCGGCUUACAGAUUUUCACAGCUUCCCGAGAUGGUCAUGGGCUCACCCCCUCCACCUGUACCCCCCCGGACUGGCCCCGUGGCUGUGGCUUCUCUCAGGCGGUCCACCUCAGACAUCGGCAGCAAGACCAGGAUGGCUGAGUCCUCGGGGCCCGAGCCAGCCCAGCUGCAUGACAGCACCUCCUUCGCACAGGUGUCCAGAGGCCCCGUGUCUGUGACGCAGCUGGAUCAGUCGGCUUUAAAUUACUCAGGUAACACAGUGCCGGCAGUGUUCGCCAUCCCAGCUGCCAACAGACCUGGCUUCACUGGCUACUUCAUCCCGACACCUCCCUCGUCCUACAGGAGCCAGGCCUGGAUGUCCUACGCAGGAGAGAAUGAGCUCCCAAGCCAGUGGGCUGAUUCGGUGCCCCUCCCAGGGUACAUCGAGGCUUACCCUCGGUCACGUUAUCAGCAGAGCUCGCCCUCUAGGCUUCCUCGCCAGUACAGCCAGCCAUCCAGCAUGCACCCCAGCUUGGAGCAGGCCCCGGUGCCCUCCACGGCGGCCUCACAGCAGAGCCUGGCAGAAAAUGACCCACCCGACACUCCCCUGACCAACAUCUCCACUGCGGCCCUCGUGAAGGCCAUCCGGGAGGAGGUGGCCAAGCUGGCCAAGAAACAGACAGACAUGUUUGAGUUCCAGGUCUAAUGCCUUACCCCAUGGGACUCUGGACUUCCAAAUUGGAGGAAACAGCCUUUGGGGUUCUCAUGCCUAAUGUGUUGGGACUUCAGACAUAGAUCGUGAGUGAGUCUUUCUCCUCUCAGUUUCUGAAAAGGUGAACAGUGGGGCUUCUGGGAAAUAGAGGAAACUCUUGAAUGAACGACUGGAUUCUUGGCUUAUUCAACUGUGGGUCAAGAAGUCCCUGCUUGGGACCUCAUGAUUGAUACUCUGUUAUGUUGAAUAUUUGAACUGGGUGUAUUUCCCAGUAGAGCCUUCCUUGGUCACAAGAGGUACUACUAGCUAAUCUACAGAUUCCUGUCCAAUGCCAUAUUUUAAUAAAUCACUGGAAGGGGGAAAAUAUAGCUCUUAUCUUCAGUGACCCUGCAUGUUAACUCUGUUUCUGUGUUAAAGGCAACACAGGAGUGUGGAUUAAGCGCCAGACUUUUACUCUCUCUCACUCAGCCAUGACCGUGAUGCUUCAAAUCAUCUCUAGUCUGUAAGGAGACACUGACUCUGGCCAAGAAACCUAAGUCCCCUUUUUUCAAAGUCAAAUGAAAUUGGAUGAAAGUCAGUACCAAUGGUUGUGCCUAUAAAUAGUCCUGUUUCCCCCAUUAAUUAAAAAGAAGCUCAAGAAGGAGAGAAGAAGAGAGGGAACGGGGGAUUUGUGCCGACAGGCUUUUUGAAAGGUGUUGUCAUUUUGGAACUAGAGCACCCCACACGUUAGGAUCUGACUGAAAGAGAAUCGGUGCUAAGAGCUUUUAGGAUCCUACAAAAGAAAAAUAGUUAUUUGUGGAAGUUUUUCAUCAGCUCACAUUGAAGGUGGCCUGAGCAUGGAGCUUCUCUCUCUCUCUCGGGGGAUGAUAGAUACAUUGCCUUUUAUAAGAAAAUCUCUGUCUCUUCAACAAUGAUGUCCAGCAGGUGCUGCCAAGCGGUACAAAAGAAAAUGGUAAUUGAUUCCUGUUAGAAACGGAAGCAGUGGAUCCACAGUCUUCCCAGGCUGCAGCCUCUGUUUAUAGAAGCUUCUGAAUGUAGAAAAUCUAUUGAAUUAUGUUUAAAUGUAAAUAAAUUUUUUAAAAGCAUAUAGGGAGUGAGCCAGUUCCCUAUAGUUCACGGACACAGGAGGACAUCUGCUAAAGUGGCAGGGCUGCUACCUUGUGACCACAGUGUGGCAAGUCACCCUUGCCGGCAUAGAGAGUCGCCUGCAGAGCUCUGGGUAAAAGGAUGUUGCCUCGUAGCACUGAGGUAUCAGCUGCUGCCCACCCAGAAAGGUGAGCAAGACAGCUGCUGACUUUGGAAGGCAGAGGGAGAUGGGACACUUUGGUUUCCUUACCAACUUGGGAGCCUUACCGUGUUGGGGGCUUACUUGUUGGAGAACGAGGUCAUGUCUGCUUUCACCCAUGAUCCAUUUAGCUUCUGCUGUAUCCAUUCCCUUCUGAGCCCAUCUUCCCAUUGUCCUCAUGAGUUUCUUUGGUCUUUACUGAAAGAAGAAGGUGGAAACUUAAAAGUUGAGAGAAGACAAGAAAUGGGACUGAUUGGAAUGGGAGAUUCAGAUAAAGCACAGACUUUUCAAAGAAGCCGUUUUUAUUUCCCAAUGGCAAAUUGCCCUUUUCAGAAUGUUCAGAGAUGAUGUGUCAUGGAAUCCCCAGACAGGUCUCCUGUUCGGAUGAUAAUAGGUAGUGUCCUCUUAGUAUGCUGGUUGAUCUUUCAUAGUGUUAGUUUUUUGUUACUUAAAAAGAAAUCAGCUAUAAAUAAAAUGUAUUUUUGUAAUUCCCUUGUGUUUAUAUGGUGUAUUUCUACCAAUGGCCAGUUGUUAUAGUCCAGAACCUAAAUCAGCUUGCAAAACACUGUGGACAGUGCAAGAUUUUAUUGACGGACUAACAUAAUGCCUGAGUCUAUCCAAAUAGGCAUUCAAUGCACUUGAAUGAACAAAGAGCCAAAGAAACUCAGCCUUUUCAUGCAAACAGUAUGAGUCUGAUAAAGUCAACCACAUUGUCCCGCUUUACUGAUAAUAUUAAUAUCUUAGUGCAAUGAUAUCAACCCAGUACUUUGUCUACUUGGUAAAUGCCUGGAAAUACUGUAUGUGAAAAUGGAGUGACAAGAUCUUAGUGUAAUUGAAAUAUAUAUACAUGUUUCAAAAGACAGUGUCUGAGCUUUGGAUGUUCUCAUGACUUAGAAUGAGUCUACAGUUUGCAGAGAUCUGGCCCCCAGAUAGCGGAAGGAGCCACCAAUCACUGUGGUCUUUGCAGAACACCAUGACAUAGUCAGCUGAGACAACUAAAAAUAUGCCAUGCUGAAUCAGACACUCUCUUAAACUAGACACCAUGGUUUCAAAAAAAGUACAGGAAAAUGAAACCUUACGUUGAAAAGAAAUCAGUCUGUUCGUGUUUUCCCACUAAUGGGGAGACAAGCCCCCAUUGUUGGGUUUUCUGUGAUGGAGGUGUGGUCCCUUCUCUGAGGAGUCUUCUAACCUCGUGGAGGUGACAGAUACCUGGAUGCUGACCCUGAGAAAUGGCCGAUGGCCAAAAAUGCCUCAUGAAAGUGAAAAUUGGGUUCCCUGAGAGCCCUGAGGAGGCAGCAAUGGACUCUGUGUUCCUCUGAACCCUCCAGUCACAGAAGUCACCAAGGACCUUGGUUGACCUGGGGGGAGGAGGAAGUGGAAAUCCAGAGAAGUAGAACAAGUGACUGGCCCAAGGAUUCAAGCCCAACCUGCUGAUUCUUGAUCCAACUUGCUUUCCAUCUCAUCACAUGGCUGCAGGCUUGGUCAAUGUCACAUUUCUGUGUCCGGAAGUUUAAAAAAAUACAUAAGGGUCAUAUGAGUGAGUCCAUAAUGUUCUUGCCAAGAAAAAAGAUGAUUGAGUAUGUAAGGACCUUCAGAUACAGUGUAUAGAGGACAAUGAAUUUUGUAGCAUAAUAAACACUUCCAGCACUGGUUUUGAUAUGGGUUUUCUGUAUUUAUGCAAAAAGAAAUGCACUGUGGCUUUGUUUAGAGAGUAUCAAGGAAAUGGUGUCCUCACCUGCUGUUCAGGACUGUGGGGAAGAAUUCCUCUCUCAGCACCAAGGAUCCAAACAGACAGGAAGGCACUGUCAUGGUGAGGUAGCAUAUCCCGUGCUCUGCAUCCAGGGCAAGGAGUGAAGGGUUCAGUGUGCAGGAACAUGAAGGUCUAGUGCGUGGCCUGGUACCCACGAGGUGAGGCCUGUGUCAUAACAAGAUGGAGCAGGGCGUCUCCUCUUUGGGGGUGGGUUAUGUAAGAAUCAAUUCUCUGGUCCUGGAAGAAGUUUUUAUCAUGCAUUGGUUAAUUUAACAACUCAGUUGAAGGACAUGUAAUUUCUGAGUAAUCUUGGUGGAAGAAAGGAAGUUGUUAGAUCUGUGAUUUAAAAAAAAAAAAAACCUUCUGAGAGCGCAUGUAGAAUGGAGGAGGUAAGGAAUUUAAAUGCCUGACUAAAAGAAAUGCUUUUCUCACAGGCAAAAAUUAGAGACAUGGAUGAAAAAGAUUAAAACAUUGAUUGCAUAUAAAUGAGCUCUCUUUUUUCUCAACACACAGGCACUCAACAUUCAAUGAAUAACAUAACAAGUAUUGUUUUAAAAGUUGGAGGACAGGAUUUGGACUUAAUCCUAAAUUCCCCUUACCACACACCAGAAAAUAAUUUGGACUGUCUUUACAAAAUACAGCUAAGUACUCUUAAAGAAAGAUAGUCACUCAGCUGGGAGUCAUGACUGACUGGAGUCUUAAGUGUUGGAAAUUAAAUUCUGUCAUUUAGCCCAACUCAAAGAUACGCCAGUCAAGGAGCUUCUGCAAGGACUAGAGACCCCCUCACGUGUGCUGGAGUGCAGGGAACAGAGUGCUGAAAGAAGGAAGGGAUAUCUCAUGGACACUGAGGAUGGCUCCUCUCCAGGAGGGAGUGGAGGGGCCGGCCCUCGCUCUUGCUCUCCGCCAUGGUCUCUUCCCUCGCAGGCUUUCAUUGAUGUUUCUCUCUGCAUAUGCUUUUUCUUGCUUCCCCUGUCCAAUCAGCUUUCUCAUUAGUAUAUGUGUAGUAAAAAUCCACCAGGACCCCACUCACACCACCAUUGCUUUUCUCUAGCCUUCACUCUGGGAUUAGGAUCUCUGUGCCCCCUAAGCUAAUUCUAGGCGAUCUGAUUGGCCCAGUCCCUCUGCCUAUGGAUGAGCCACCUGGGAUCAGCUGCCUACCCCAUCAGCUGUGCCCAAGGAGGCGGGGUCAAGUAAUACAAGCAUGGCCCCCUGAUCUGACCCUUUCAAUGAGGGCUCGUGUUGGGGGUCAGCACACAGAGGAGUGGGCAGGACCUUCAAAAGGAACCUAUUACAGACUGGAAUUGAUCAGUACUCCUGGGAUGCCCCCUGGCAACCAGUACCAGAAGAGCAGUGGUUCUCUAGAUACUGCCGCAGAGAGGAAAAGGGUGUCCUUCACUGAAGCAUCAGGAGAUACACAUGACCUUGAAACCCCACCCAACUGGGCAUAACUGCCCUAACCACUUCCCACCCAACCAGUUAUUGAUAUAGCUGCUGGGUCUCAGAGUGAUUUCUGAUCAAAGCCCAGUUAGCACAAUGUCUUGCUCAGCAGACAAUAAGUACUUGUAAAUUGAAUUGCAUGAUCUUAGCUCAGAUGCUAUUAAUGUGGCUCACGGCCACACACGUGCAUGGAUGAGAAAACCAAUGGGCCUCUCAAUAGAAUCUUUUGAAACAAAAUUGGUUUCAGGUGAAACUGAUAUUAUUGUGUCUCUGACCUUCUGAAUAUAAUAAGUUAGUGUCUUGAGAAUUGAAAGGUCUCUUGAUUUCUUAGGUGAACUGUUACAGAAUCCUAGCCUAUUGUAAAUGCUAAAAAUGUAGAGUGUUCCUGAAAAGGACUAUUUGGGAAAUAGACUUGUGCCAGAAACAAAUUCUGAAGAUAUUAAGUUGCUUGAUUCUGCAGAUGUCAAAAAUCAGGAAAUCUGUGAUAGGGCAUAAUCUCUCUCCACAGAUCAAACCCACACUUCAGCGAGAGCCAUUAUGUAAUGAAAUCUAAAAAUUGAUUAUUUUCAAUCUUUGACCUUGGUCAGACUUUGGCAAAUUAUGAAGGGAGGCCAUCAGUAUAUCUUUCACAAAUUAACUGUGGCUUCGCCUUAUUUCUUCUCAUCUCUUCCUCAUGCCUAAACACACUCCUAUCACAUACACCGAACUAAGGACAGAAAAGGUUUGUAUUAAACAGAAUCAGAGAGGUUUCUCAAUGGACUGGAAACCCUGAAAAAAGGUGUAAAUAUUCUAGACCUUGAAUGACUCACUUUAGUCUCCGAUUCCUCCUCUGCCAAAUGGGUACAACAACAGCUGUACGUCCUACCUCCCAUGGUGGUUGUGAGGGGCACGGAGCAUAAUGUAUCUGAAAAGAGUCUGAAAAGUCUACGGGAAAGAAUUCUUACUAAAUUACGAGUUUUGUAACUCAGUUCUAACCAGCAAAGUAUCUUAGCUCCUCCUAUCCACCGAAUUAAUUUGCAUUACGUCACGUUCCAUGACACAACUUCUUGUCAAGGAAAAAUAAAGAAAUUCCUAAAUUUGGAAUUCCCACAAAAGCCAGCCUCAGCUGGACUUGCUGUCGUUGUUGUUGUCUGUGACUUGAAGGAUGUGUAAGUACAUGGAUGUGUGCUUUAACUCUGGGUGAGAAACCCAAGCCAGUGAUUCUUUAAAACCACCUUAGACACGUUGGGCAGAGUACUGAGCAGAAGCUUGGAAUGUAGCUGUUAUUUUAAUGCUUUGCUUUCUAAUUAACUUUGUACGUCCUUAGCCUGUGCCGGGAACAGAGUGUUCAUAUGCUGUUAGAAUUUUUUAUUGUAAAAUAAAAUGACAAAAGGCUUUCAUACCCCAAA